UCAUAUAUUGGAUCGCAAUCUCGCCUUCAAAGACGACCCUUUUGCUGCGGCCGAGGCGAGGAGCUCCGCCAUUGGAGGUUCUCUCGAUCCCUCCUCUGAUUUAUUGCCGAUCAGGAUUUUGCUUCUUUGUUUGUAGAUCCGGAUUCAGGCUUUGUCAAGUAUGGCAUCUGCACCAGCGUCGUCAGGAUGGCUGAAGGGAAAAGUGAAGGCUGUCCCUUCAGGGGAUUGUUUGGUUAUCAUGGCGCUCUCCAAAGCAGAGAUCCCUCCUGAAAAGUCCAUCACUUUAUCUUCUCUAAUUGCUCCUAGACUGGCUCGUAGGGGUAUUGCUGAUGAACCCUUCGCAUGGGAAAGCCGUGAAUUUUUAAGGAAGCUUUGCAUAGGAAAGGAGGUUACCUUCAGAGUAGAUUACACUGUUCCAUCUAUUGGCCGAGAUUUUGGUUCUGUUUUCCUUGGAGACAAAAAUGUUGCAACGCUGGUUGUUUCAGAGGGGUGGGCAAGGGUUAGGGAGCAAGGACAGCAGAAAGGCGAAGUUAGCCCCUUCCUAUCUGAUUUGCAGCAUGCUGAGGAGCAAGCUAAGCAACAAGGUGUAGGCCGCUGGAGCAAGGCAGCUGGUGCUUCUGAGGCUUCCGUAAGAGACCUACCACCAUCAGCCAUUGGUGAUGCCAGCAGUUUUGAUGCAAAUGGACUCUUGGCUGCAAACAAGGGAAAACCCAUGCAAGCCAUUGUAGAGCAGGUUCGUGAUGGCAGCACUGUCCGUGUAUACCUGCUCCCAGAGUUUCAAUAUGUUCAAGUUUUUGUCGCAGGAAUUCAGUCUCCAUCUAUGGGAAGAAGGGUUGCUGUAGCAGCCAUUCCGGAUCCUGAAUUAAUUACUGAGGAUGCAAAUGGAGAAACUUCCGCUAAGGGCACACCAUCACUUACAUCAGCACAGCGGCUGUCUGCCUCCACAGCUACAUCUACCGAAAUUGCUCCUGAUGCAUUCGGGAGGGAAGCAAAACAUUUUACAGAAAUUCGUGUCUUGAACAGAGAUGUCAGGAUUGUUCUAGAAGGUGUGGAUAAAUUCAAUAACUUAAUUGGCUCUGUAUAUUAUCCUGAUGGUGAUACAGCAAAGGACCUUGCUGUGGAACUCGUGGAAAAUGGUUUAGCAAAGUAUGUGGAGUGGAGCGCGAAUAUGCUUGAAGGCAGUGCCAAAAAAAAACUGAAGGAUGCUGAACUUCAGGCAAAAAAGAAUCGGUUGAGAAUGUGGACAAACUUUGUUCCUGCGGUGACAAAUUCUAAAGCUAUCCAUGGGCAAAACUUCACAGGAAAAGUGGUGGAGGUUGUGAGUGGAGAUUGCGUAAUUGUUGUGGAUGAUGCUACCUCUGCUGAACGACGUGUCAACCUUUCAAGCAUCAGGGCCCCUAGAUUGGGUCGCCGAGAUGAAAAUUUAGAAGGCUUAAAGCCUGAGGAGUUGCGCGAACGGGUUUUCGCUAGAGAAGCAAAGGACUUCUUGCGUUCACGUGUUAUUGGGCGCCAGGUGAAUGUAUCAAUGGAGUAUUCUAGGAAGGUUGGUGGAGUGGAUGCACCAAAUCCAGUAGCUGCAUCUGGUGCAGAUGAUUCUAGAGUACUAGAUUUUGGGUCUGUCUUUGUAACAUCUCCAACAAAAGCCGAUUCUGCUGAGACACUUCCAUCUCCGUCUCCUAGCCAAUCAGCUGGAGUAAAUGUUGCCGAACUGAUGGUUGCUUAUGGCUUUGCCACUGUCACUAGACACCGAGAUUUCGAGGAAAGGUCAAAUCACUAUGAUGCUCUAUUGGCAGCUGAAACACGGGCUAUCAAUGGGAAGAAGGGGUUACAUUCUAAAAAGGAUCGGCCGCCUAUGCACAUAAAAGAUCUGACAAUGGCACCAACAAAACAAGCCAAAGAAUUCUUGCCAUUCCUGGCACGCAAUAGAAGACUUCCUGCUGUUGUCGAACACAUCUUUAGUGGCCAUCGGUUUAAAUUGGUUAUUCCUAAGGAAACAUGCAGCAUUGCCUUCUCAUUUUCUGGUGUUAGGUGUCCUGGCCGUGGUGAGCCUUUUUCAGAUGAAGCUAUUGCUUUCAUGAGAAGAAGAAUACUUCAGAGAAAUGUUGAGGUGGAAAUAGAAACAGUUGAUCGGACCGGGACAUUCCUGGGCUCCAUGUGGGAGUCCAGGACCAACGCAGCUGUGCCUCUCCUAGAAGCAGGACUGGCAAGGCUCCAAAGUUCAUUUGGUUCUGACAAGAUUGCAGAUGCCAACCUCCUUGGUCGAGCUGAAGAAUCAGCGAAACGGCAGAAACUGAAAAUAUGGGAGAAUCAGACUGAAGGGCAUGAAGUGGGUAAUGGCACAACAUCUGAAGGAAAACAAAAGGAAGUACUCAAGGUUGUUGUCACUGAAGUCUUGGGUGGUGGUAAAUUCUAUGUUCAAACUGUAAAUGACCAAAAAAUAGCUACUAUUCAACAGCAGCUUGCUUCACUGAACCUGCAAGAACCUCCAAUGAUUGGUGCAUUCAAACCUGCAAAGGGUGAUAUUGUUCUUGCACAGUUCAGUCUUGAUAAUUCGUGGAACAGAGCCUUGAUUGUUAACACACCACGAGGGGCUGUGGAGUCUCCAAAUGAUGCAUUUGAGGUCUUCUAUAUUGACUAUGGGAACCAGGAGGUGGUUCCAUUCAGUCGCUUACGGCCUCUUGAUCCCUCUGUCUCUUCAGCACCUGGGUUGGCUCAGCUUUGCAGUCUUGCAUACAUAAAAGUCCCAGAUUUGGAUGAUGAUUUCGGUCUUGAAGCUGCAGAAUAUUUCAGUGAGUGUACUCUAAACACUUCAAGGGAAUUCAGAGCUAUGGUUGAGGACAAGGACACUUCUGGAGGAAAGGUGAAAGGACAAGGAACCGGAACGGUUCUGAUUGUGACUUUGGUUGAUGUUGAAGCUGAAUCUAGCAUUAAUGCUGCCAUGCUAAAGGAAGGUUUGGCAAGGCUAGAAAGAAGGAAGAGAUGGGAUACAAAGGAAAGGCAGUCGGCUCUUGAUAAUCUCGAAGAGUUCCAAACUAAAGCGAAGAAAGAGAGGCUGAAGAUGUGGCAGUACGGGGAUGUCCAGUCCGACGAUGAAGACUCCGGCCCACCUGCAAGAAAAGCCGGUGGUCGUGCUUGAUCAAAGUUUCAUUAACAAUGGUUGAGUUAAAUUCACGUAGGUUCAAGCAUGAGGGAGGGAGAACUUUUGAGGAUUUAAGUUAUCACUAGACUCACCUGAACUUCUUAUAUAUCCUUUUUGUUUUGGUUGUUCUUCUUAUUUUUUUCUUCGCUGUUUUUCUGUUAGUUUGAAGAGACAUUGGUUUAUUUACAUCUCCAAUAAGUCAAUCGCAGUGUGAUGAUGCCUCUCUACAGGCUCAGUGAUUGCCAGCGUACUUGAGAUAAUUUAGAGAGCAUGUAACAAACUGUUGUUUUUUUAAGUUAGAUUUUCAGUAAUGUAAACUAGAGACAGCUUUUCUGUUACUCAUAUAUGCUUCACUGUCUU